UCUCUGGCCUCCAGCUCUCCCGGCAGCAUGGCCUUCACCGGCAAGUACGAGAUCGAGAGUGAGAAGAACUACGAUGAGUUCAUGAAGCACACUGGGAUCCCCAGCGAGACUACUGAAAAGGGCCAAAACUUCAAGAUCAUCUCGGAGGUGCAGCAGGAUGGGCAGAACUUCACCUGGUCCCAGCACUACCCCGGGGGCCACCCCAUCACCAACAAGUUCACCAUCGGCAAGGAGUGUGACAUGGAGACUGUGGGGCGCAAGAAGUUCAAGGCCACUGUGCAGAUGGAGGGUGGGAAGCUGAUGGUGGACUCCCCCAACUUUCACUUUUCCUCGGAGAUUGUGGGGGACAAGCUGGUGGAGACAUCCACAGUCGGGGGCGUGACCUACGAGCGCGUGAGCAAGAGGCUGGCCUGA